AUGAUGCUAACCGGAGUUAUUUUCUCCUCUUGUUUUCUACCGAGUUGUGCCGAGAUUUUCAAUAGAGAGGAGAUUUGUAAGGACAGGUUUUGCACCCUUUGCUACAACAUCAUCAACUACGAAGAGUCUACUGAAUACAGUGAGUCACUUAUUGAAGGAUGUUACGAAUUGCUGGACAUGAGCAACUGCUGCAGCAUCUAUAUCAAUGGACAAGGGUCUGUCAUAUCAAGGGUGGUGUCGGAUGAUAUGCAGGAUCUUGAAGACCUGUUUAACAAAAAGCACGAUGUCAUCUCGAACAAGACUGACUCAUCGGAGUCGACUGAAGCAGAUACAAGCAGUUCUGGCCAGAAGAUUGAAGUUCCGUGGGGAAAACUCAUUAUUGGAUUUAUGUGCGGAGCGAUUUUUGCAGUCAUACAAGCGGCUGUACAAGAAUUUCUGGAUAAUUUAAUUACACCUAUGUUUGACUAA